UUUUGGAGCAGAGUCUGUACCUCCGUGAUUCGCUCACCAGUCUGCGUGGGUAUUUACACCGGUGGUGUAGCUACAACAACAAGGGCGCAAACAUGGACCUUGUGGAUCUUGCCAUGCAAGGGCUCUCCGUCUUUGGAUUCAUUCUAUUUCUCCUACUCUGGUUUAUGCAUUUCAUGUCCAUCAUCUAUGUCCGACUCUGCUUCAAUAAGAAGAGCCCUGACAAGCAGCCCUACAGUAAGCUGGCGGGGGUCUCUCUACUGAAGCCUCUGAAAGGAGUAGACCCCAACCUCAUCAAUAACCUGGAGACCUUCUUUGAACUCGACUACCCCACGUAUGAGAUCCUGUUAUGUGUGCAGGACUAUGACGACCCAGCCGUUGAUGUGUGUAAAAAGCUCCUGGGCAAAUAUCCCAACGUAGAUGCUAGGUUGUUUAUAGGGGGGAAGAAGGUUGGCAUCAACCCAAAGAUUAAUAACCUCAUGCCAGGUUAUGAGGGGGCAAAGCAUGGCCUGGUGUGGAUUUGCGACAGCGGAAUACGAGUGAAACCGGACACCCUGACAGAUAUGGCCUAUCAGAUGACGGAGAAGGUGGGGUUAGUCCAUGGCCUUCCCUACGUGGCCGACAGACAGGGCUUCGCUGCUACACUAGAACAGGUGUAUUUUGGCACGUCCCACCCGCGCUCCUACAUCUCAGCAAAUGUGACGGGUAUUAAGUGUGUGACUGGAAUGUCCUGUCUGAUGAGAAAAGAUAUCCUGGACCAGGCUGGAGGGCUGAUCGCCUUCGCUCAAUACAUCGCUGAGGACUACUUCAUGGCGAAGGCUAUCGCUGACAGGGGAUGGAAGUUCUCCAUGGCAACACAGGUAGCCAUGCAGAACUCUGGGUCCUAUUCUAUUGCUCAGUUCCAGUCCCGCAUGAUCAGAUGGGCCAAGCUUCGUAUCAACAUGCUCCCCGCCACCGUCUGUGAGCCCAUCUCGGAGUGUUUCGUAGCCAGCCUGAUCAUUGGCUGGGCCGCGCAUCAUGUCUUCCACUGGGAUAUUAUGGUCUUCUUCAUGUGCCACUGUCUGGCGUGGUUCAUCUCUGACUACAUCCAGCUCCGAGGAGUUCAGGGCGGUGCGCCGGCCUUCUCCAAACUGGACUAUGCUGUAGCCUGGUUCAUCAGAGAGUCCAUGACCAUCCAGAUCUUUCUAUCGGCCCUGUGGGACCCCACCAUCAGCUGGCGAACGGGGCGCUACAGGUUACGAUGCGGAGGUACGGCCGAUGAGAUCCUGGACGUAUAGCUACCUGCACGAGUCCCACCUACAGGGACAACACCCUGCAUCCAAUCACCCCCAGAGACAAUACCAGACACAGACUGAACCGAUUUCCCAGAUGGCACCCUAUUCCCUACAUAGUGCACUUUCUGACCCGGGCCCACACUUGCCCGUACAUUCUGCUCUGCUCAACAGUAGUGGACUAUUUAAGGAAUAGGGUACAGUUAGGGACGCGUACAAAGAGAUGGUGACAUCGAGAAGAAGAAAGAAGCAGCUAUGGAAGCAUUCAAAGUGUUGGCUGUUUUUAACCUGUGUGUUAAAAUGUUUUAAUUAUUUUAUGUUACUGGUGCUCUUCCUUCCUGUUUUUCAUUUUAAAACUCUUGCUUGGACUAUUCUCCAAUAGGGAGAACGGGCCCAUGGCAGGAGAGAAGGGUUGUGUCCCAAAUGCACCCUGUUCCCUAUAUAGUGCACUACUUUUAACCAGAGCCCUAUGGGCCCUAUAAAGGGAAUAUGUUGCCAUUUGUAAAUAGUGUAACUCUCUUCAGCCAGUCUUUGGGGAUAAGACACUUCCUAUAGUAAGCUUCACUGGGCUAUCAUUAAUAUGUUGGUACAAUAUCGCUAGGUCUCCAGCAGCACUAACUCUAGAAUAAAAUCCUUCUCCGCUCACUGUUAGUUUUUUUAAAAUAUGAGAACUACUGAAAGCUGCAUUGCCUUUGCUCUGGUUUUGUUUGUUUGUUGCCUGGUCAGAUGUAUUUUCUCGCCAUGUGCUGGUACACUGAUCUGUAGUUACCUGAGCCAACAAGAUCACAGCUGUACUUCCUCAUCAGGAGUCUCCUGCUCAGCUCCUUCAGAGUUACUUCCUGGUUGUGCAAGCUUUUAUUACAGCCCUGCACUAACACACUUUGGUCUGGACCAUGAUUAGCUGAUUGGGUGUGUUAGUGCAGGGCUGGAACAAAAGCCUGACCCUACAGUAUGACGCUCUGUUCUACCUUCACUCCCGUGAAGCAAUCCUCAUCGUCCCGUGAAGCAAUCCUCAUCUUCACUCCCGUGAAGCAAUCCUCAUCUUCACUCCCGUGAAGCAAUCCUCAUCUUCACUCCCGUGAAGCAAUCCUCAUCGUCCCGUGAAGCAAUCCUCAUCGUCCCGUGAAGCAAUCCUCAUCGUCCCGUGAAGCAAUCCUCAUCUUCACUCCCGUGAAGCAAUCCUCAUCUUCACUCCCGUGAAGCAAUCCUCAUCUUCACUCCCGUGAAGCAAUCCUCAUCGUCCCGUGAAGCAAUCCUCAUCGUCCCGUGAAGCAAUCCUCAUCGUCCCGUGAAGCAAUCCUCAUCGUCCCGUGAAGCAAUCCUCAUCUUCACUCCCGUGAAGCAAUCCUCAUCUUCACUCCCGUGAAGCAAUCCUCAUCUUCACUCCCGUGAAGCAAUCCUCAUCUUCACUCCCGUGAAGCAAUCCUCAUCUUCACUCCCGUGAAGCGAUCCUCAUCUUCACUCCCGUGAAGCGAUCCUCAUCUUCACUCCCCCGUGAAGCGAUCCUCAUCGUCCCAUGAAGCGAUCCUCAUCGUCCCGUGAAGCACUCCUCAUCGUCCCGUGAAGCACUCCUCAUCGUCCCGUGAAGUUCCUCUGACUGUCUGGUCUGUCAGUGAAGUUCCUCUGACUGCCUGGUCUGUCAGUGAUUAGGCUGAAACCUUUUUUUGGGAUUUAAACGUGUAUUUUGGUGGGAAGAAACAUAUGGAAAACAUUUCUAUCUCCCCCCUAUUAAUUUCAUUGGUGUCACAUUGUGUAGUGUGGAAGUUCUGUAGCUGUAGUCCACAACGGCAUCCUAUUCCCUAUCUUUUACUUCUUUUGACCUAGUCCCAUAUAGCUCUGUAGUGCACUAUGUAGGUUGAACAGGGUUCCAUUUGUGACACAGCCUAGGUCUUUUGUCGUGUGACUGUAUACGUAGUGUGGCUACUGUGCUACCAGGCUUAGACUCUGAUGGUAAACCCAUACAACAGAAUACCUUGUAGACUCUGGGGUUAGAUGGUAAACCUACACAUACAACAGAAUACCUUGUAAAGUGAAUACUUUUUAAAUCGAUAUUAUAUGUCCUCAGGACAAUUUAUAUAUCUCUCUCUCUCUCUCUGUCUCUCUCUCUGUCUCUCUGUCUCUGUCUCUCUCUCUCUCUCUCUGUCUGUGUCUGUCUGUCUGUCUCUCUCUGUCUCUCUGUCUCUCUGUCUCUCUGUCUCUCUCUCCCUCCCCAGGCUGUCUGGACAUAGAGCAGUAUUGUGAAGUCAGAUAGUCAGCUGCUGUUCAUUAUUCCAGGAGAUGAAUCAGUAGAGUGGAGCGUUAACAUAUGAGCUCAGAAAGUCCCUGGAUGUGUCCCAAAUUGGACCAGAGCCCUGGUCAAACGUAAUGCACUAAAUAGGGGAUAGGGUGCAGUUUGGGACACAGACCCAUUCAUUUACAAUGGUGAGCCAGAUAGCCCCAAUCAGGUCUAGGGGGGAGAGAGGGCAUGUGUUCCAGUGUUGAUGAGGAAUGUACAGACGGGUCUAAUGAGAAGGGUCUGGGUGUCUCCCUAUGGGUCCUAGUCAAAAAAGAGGCCACAUGACCUCAGAACAGCCUUCAUUCGCCGCGACAUUGACUCUACAAGGUGUCUAAAGUGUUCCACAGGGAUGCUGGCCCAUGUUGACUCCACAAGGUGUCUAAAGCGUUCCACAGGGAUGCUGGCCCAUGUUGACUCCACAAGGUGUCUAAAGCGUUCCACAGGGAUGCUGGCCAAUGUUGACUCUACAAGUUGUUCGAAAGCAUUCCACAGGGAUGCUGGUACAUGUUGACUCUACAAGUUGUUCGAAAGCAUUCCACAGGGAUGCUGGUACAUGUUAACUCGACAAGAUGUCUAAAGCGUUCUACAGGGAUGCUGGCCCAGGGAUGCUGGCCCCAUGUUAACUCGACAAGAUGUCUAAAGCGUUCCACAGGGAUGCUGGCCCAUGUUGACUCCAAUGCUUCCCACAGUUGUGGCGAGUUG